AUGGCCGUCACCACCUUCGUCUGGGGUCUGGCUGCCCUCGCGGCCCCCGCCGCAUGCCUGUAUGUCAAUGGCAAUGUGACGGCCCCGUGCGACUCGCCCAUCUACUGCCACGGCGACCUUCUCAAGGCCGUCCAGCUGGCCGCGCCCUUUUCAGACUCCAAGACAUUCGUCGACCUGCCCACCAUCCGCCCGCUGGACGAGGUCCUGGCUGCAUUCGACAGCCUCAGCCGCCCAAUCACCAACGACUCCCAUCUCCAGCACUUUCUGACCACCUACUUCGGCGAGGCCGGCUCCGAGCUCGAGGCUGUGCCGCCCGACGACCUCAGCGUCAACGCCACCUUCCUCGACUCCAUCCCCGACCCCGACCUCCGCGCCUUCGUCGCCAAGGUCGUCGACAUCUGGCCCGACCUGACCCGCCGCUACGUGGGCGCCGCCAACUGCACCGGCUGCGUCGACUCGUUCAUCGCGCUGAACCGCACCUUUGUCGUCGCCGGCGGCCGCUUCCGCGAGGCCUACUACUGGGACUCGUUCUGGAUCCUCGAGGGCCUGCUCCGCACCCGCGGCUCCUUCACCGACAUCGCCGCCAACAUCAUCGAGAACUUCCUGGACCUGGUCGACACCCUCGGCUUCGUCCCCAACGGCGCCCGCGUCUACUACCUGAACAGGUCGCAGCCGCCCGUUCUCGCCCUGAUGGUCAAGACGUACAUCGAGUACACCGCCAACACCACCAUCCUCGACCGUGCCAUCCCGAUCCUGGAGAAGGAGUACGACUUCUGGACCACCAACCGCACCGUCGAGAUCCAGAAAGGCAACCAGACAUAUCGGCUGAACCGUUACGCGGUCGACAACACGGAGCCCCGUCCGGAAAGUUAUCUGGAAGACUACCGGACGGCAAACAACGAAUCCUACUACUCCGAAAGCGGCAUCAUCUACCCGGGCACGCCUCUCAACGACUCGGCCAAGGCCCUCCUCUACUCGAACCUGGCCAGCGGCGCCGAAUCCGGAUGGGACUAUUCGUCGCGCUGGCUGCGCUACCCCGAGGACGCCGCCCAAGACGUCUACUUCCCGCUGCGCAGCCUCAACGUCCGGAACGUGGUGCCCGUCGACCUGAACUCCAUCCUAUACGGCAACGAGGCCGCCCUGGCCGAGUUCCACAACCUGACCGGCAACGCCACCGCCGCCGCCCUGUGGAGCGACCGCGCAGCCCAGCGCAGCAACGCCAUGUACGACCUGAUGUGGAACGAGACGCGCUACGCCUACUUCGACUACAACCUCACCUCCGCCGGCCAGGACGUCUACAUCGUCUCCGACAACGGCUCCACCCCGGCCGAGACCUCGGGCGCCGACGCGCCCAAAAACGAGCAGCUCUCCUUCACCCCAGCCCAGUACUACCCCUUCUGGACGGGCGCCGCGCCGCCUUCCCUCAAAAACAACCCCCUCGCCGUCAAGACCGCCUACGCGCACGUCGUCCAGCUCCUGCGCCAGAACCCGGGCGGCCUGCCCGCCACCAACCUCGUCACGGGCGAGCAGUGGGACCAGCCCAACGCGUGGCCCCCCUUGCAAUACGUCCUCAUCAAGGGCCUGCUCAACGUGCCGCCCACCUUCGGCGCCGCCGACGCCGACGCCGAGUUCGCGUGGACGCGCGACGCGGCGCUCGACAUCGCCCAGCGCUACCUCGACUCGGCGUUUUGCACGUGGCGCGCCACGGGCGGCGCGACGCCCGGGUUGCCCAAGGCGGCGGGCGCCGGGGAGGGGGACGGCGUCAUGUUUGAGAAGUACUCGGACGCCAGCGUCGACGCGGCCGGCGGCGGCGGCGAGUACGAGGUCGUCGAGGGGUUUGGCUGGAGCAACGGCGUGCUGAUCUGGGCGGCCGACGUCUUUGGGGCGCAGCUGCGCCUGCCCGACUGCGGCAACGUCACGGCGGCGGAUGCUGCGGGCGAUGAUGGGAGCGCGAGCGCGAGCGCGAGGGUGCGGCGUAGGGCUCGCAGCGGCAGCAGUACUGCCAUGGGUAUCAGCAAGCGGGACCUGCGCUGGGUGAAGAGUUUUCGGAGGGACAGGGUCGGCUGA